AUGACAAAAAAAAAGAAAAAUCUUGCCCGAAAGCAAGUUAAAACCCUCUAUAGACAUGAUGAUGAAAACAAAAGAAAACAAACACCAGGUUUGAGGAGCUUCGACAACGUACUGAGGGCGUACAAGCUGGCCAAGCACGAGUUGGGCGAAAUAUUGUCGUCGUGCGAGCUAAUAGACCGCGCGUCGAUGGACAACAUUAACGACGCGCUGGGGCUGCGGAGUCCGCUCGGUACUGGCCACGAGUUUCACAUGCUGAUCGAGACGGCCGGCAGCCAGCUGGCGCACGACGAGGAGAAAGUCGCCGGCUUCCUCGAGAAGGUCAUGGAGCAGGGCAUUGUCGACGAUGGCACCGUUACAUCCGAGCCCAGCAAAGUUCAGGUUUGCGACAGCAACGUGCACGUGCAGGUCUCGACACCGGAUUACGACCCUAAGGUGUUUGCCCUGGUCGAGCCGUACAUAUUCGAGGAAACGUCCAAGCUGAGGGGCAGCAUCAGUGCCGAGCACGGCAUUGGUUUCAAGAAGGCCAAGUACCUCGGGUACAGCAAGGACGAGUCGGCGAUCGAGCUCAUGCGAGUCGUGAAGCAAACCAUGGACCCCAAUCGCAUACUCAAUCCGUACAAGGUCGUGUGGUGAUCUUACAUGUUGUAUGUGGCAUUGAUGGACGGAAAGGGGCAUUUUUUAUUUAUUUAUUUCGGGCCCUCUGAGAUGGCUGUUUUGGAAUUGGCUGGACAUGCAUUAUUCACGUGCGUGUGUUUUUUCAGCAUUCGAUCAUUGUUGCUACAUUUAUAGGCAGUUAUGCUUUUUGUUUAUUUUAUUUAUUUAUUUAUUUAUUAUUAUUUUUUUUUUAAUACUUGUAUUCCUUGAAACACUCGGGGAUUUAAUAGAAUAAUAUAUCGAUAACCAAGUUAUCGACGCUAUUUUUUGAUCGACGUUUAUUGUAUAGUGCAUUAAAUGCACAUGUUACUCAUGUUUACCUGAAAUAACAUGCCUUGCCAUAAUCGAUACUUUAUUUGAAAAAAAAAAAAAAAAUGUUAUACCAUAGAAAUGCUCAUGAAUCCGUCGCACAAAUAUUGAGAAGUGCAACAAUUUGUUUUGUGACAAUAUCGCAGCUGUUAAUUUUCAUAGUCUUAAGCAAGGGUUCGCCCUAGUGACCAACUGUUGACCAAAGCCAAUGACCAAAUUGGCCCCAGUGAUUGUGUUGAGAAGACAAUGGUAUACCACUUGCUACAACCAGUUGAGAUAGGUAUUCAAGAGCGUCUCCUUUUUAUUUACACAUGUAUGUACAUAUAUAUAUAUUUUUUUUC